ACAAGAGUCACUGCUAAUACCAACACUACUCAGCCCUAGAAUUAAGACCUUUUCAUACAUCACCAGCAGCUUCUAACAAGGACCAACUGACUCAACAGAAAUGCCAAAGAAUACUGUGCAAGGAGGUUUUCGUUCGAGGGGAGUUGGACUUUACCUGAAAUUAGAAGAGGCCAUUGGCAUUGCUGUUCUGAUCAUAAUACUUCUAAUUCUACUGAUAAUUGGGUGCUGGUAUUACAAAAAACGCAAUGGAUACUUAACACUCCAGAAUCAACGUGUGCCUGAUAAUGUAGCGAGUUUCUUUAUGCCAACCCUUCAUCAUAGCAAAGAAGAGAUCUCUUCAGAGACCAAAAUACCCAUGAAUGGUUACACACAUUCCAAUAUGAUUCCCAAUGCUCCACCUGCAUACGAGAAAGUUGCUUCAGACCAAAUGCCACCAGCCUAUUUUCCUUGAAUUGACGGUGCAUAUUAAUUCAGCAUCAAUAAAUCUUUAAUCAGUUCUAGUUACAUACAAAUGUAACUUUUAUAUGCUGUACAUUAGUAAUUUGCAUAUUGAUGCCAUAUUUGCAUGUGUUGUAAUAAUCAAAGUUUAGUUUGUAUGGAAAAUCUCUGCUACAUAAAAA